GUGGUGGUUGGAGAUCAGGAUGGUGUCAUUACAUGUUUUGGCAUAAAAAAAGGAGAAGCUGUGCCAGUGUUCAAGACACUGCCAGGCCAAAAAAUUGCAAGGCUGGAGCUGGGAGGAGCUCUUAAUACACCACAAGAGAAAAUUUUUGUGGCUACAGGAUCAGAAGUUAGAGGAUUCACAAAAAGAGGGAAGCAGUUUCUUUCAUUUGAAACUAACCUUACUGAAAGCAUCAAAGCUAUGCAUAUUUCAGGAGCAGAUCUCUUUCUUUGUGCAAGCUAUAUCUACAACCAUUACUGUGACUGCAAAGACCAGCACUACUACUUAUCAGGAGAUAAAAUCAAUGAUGUUCUCUGCCUUCCUGUAGAUAAAGUGAAUUGCAUUACACCGGUACUUGCAUGUCAGGAUAGAGUCCUCAGAGUUUUACAGGGAUCUGAUUUACUGUAUGAAGUAGAAGUUCCUGGACCACCUACUGUUCUUGCUCUAAAUAAUGGAAAUGGGGGUGAUUCUGGAGAAGAAAUUGUGUAUGGAACUUCUGAUGGUAAACUGGGUCUUACCCGGAUUACUGGUUCCAAGCCUAUACCUAAGUGGGAAAUCGGAAAUGAAAAAAAGAGAGGAGGUAUCUUAUGUAUUGAUAGUUUUGAUAUUCUGGGAGAUGGAGUUAAAGAGUUACUUGUUGGACGAGAUGACGGAGUGCUGGAAAUCUAUAACUUUGAGAGUGCAGAUGAUCCUGUCCUUCGAUAUGAUCAUGCUUUAUCAGAGAGCAUUGCAUCGAUCCAGGGUGGCUGUGUAGGAAAAGACGGGUAUGAUGAAAUUUUAGCAUCCACAUAUUCAGGCUGGCUGACAGGACUGACUACAGAACCUGUCCAUAGAGAAGGUGGAUCAGGUGAAGAACUAAAAUUAAGUCAAGAAAUGCAGAGCAAGAUUUCAUCCUUAAGGAAUGAAUUGGAACACUUACAGAUGAAAGUACUUCAGGAACGUGAAAAAUACCAGCAGUCUUCUCAGUCCAGUACUGCUGUUUCAUCAGUACCUGCAUUUAGUGUGAAUGAUAAGUUUACAUUAAAUAAGGAUGAUGCUAGCUACAGCCUCAUCUUGGAGGUGCAGACAGCUAUAGAUAAUGUCCUGGUACAGAGUGAUGUCCCAAUAGACUUGCUGGAUGUGGAUAAAAAUUCGGCUGUUGUUAGUUUUAGCAGCUGUGAUUCUGAGCCAAAUAGCAACUUUCUUCUUGCGACUUACCGAUGCCAAGCAAAUACUACAAGACUUGAACUCAAGGUUCGAUCAAUUGAAGGACAGUACGGGACACUUCAAGCAUAUGUAACUCCAAGAAUUCAACCAAAAACCUGCCAAGUUCAUCAAUAUCAAAUUAAACCUCUUUCACUUCAUCAGAGGACUCAUUCUAUUGACUAUGACAGACCCAUGAAUACACUGAUGCUCAAAGGCCAGUUCAGUUUUGCUGAAAUUCACUCGUGGGUUGUGUUUUGCUUGCCUGAGGUGCCUGAAAAGACUCCCGCUGGAGAGAGCGUCACCUUUUAUUUUCAGAACACCUUCCUGGGUACACAGCUUGAAAGUACUUACAGAAAAGGUGAGGGAUGUUUCAAGUCUGACAACAUUUCUACAAUAUCCAUCCUAAAAGAUGUGCUUUCCAAAGAGGCUACUAAAAGGAAGAUUAAUCUCAACAUAUCAUAUGAUGUAAAUGAAGAAUCUGUGAGGCACACAUUAAAGCUUAUUCACCCUAAAUUAGAGUAUCAGCAGCUGUUGGCCAAGAAGGUUCACUUAAUAGAUGCUUUGAGAGAAUUACAAGUUCAUGAAGGAAAUGUGGACUUCCUGCUACCAAAGUACCGCAGCAUUUUGGAAGAGGCAGACCAGCUGCUUGAGGAAUACAAGAGACAACCUGCACAUCUUGAGAGACUUUAUGGUAUGAUCACAGAUCUCUUCAUAGAUAAAUUUAAAUUUAAAGGCACCAAUGUGAAAACUAAAGUUCCUCUUCUUCUGGAAAUUCUGGAUGGCUGUGAUCAAGAUGGACUGAUUGCUUUUUUUGAGGCUGCAGCCUGA